AGUAAACAGAAAUGGGAACGAUUUAAAGUGGAAAAGAACACGAGUUAAACGACUAGUAAAUCAAACAAAGGGAAUGAGAGAUUAGUCUAAGCAUGACUUCUCAAACAUAUUUAGAACAAAAUGUUUGAAACUCUAGAGACUUACCAAAUGUUUUAAAGCCUAGGUUUAAUGUAAUGGAUUAGUUUUUUUUUUUCUAUUCAGAGUUCAAAACAUUAUUAUUAAGAAAUGUUAACUUAAAUUAGAAUUUUAAAAAAUCAAAUUUUUUUUUUUGAAAUUGUGAAUUUAAUAUCCAAAACUUCUGGAAUCAUUAUAAAAACGUUAGAGAUUCGUAGUCUUUGAUUCAGAUUAAUGUUAAUAUAUACAAUUUGACCUGAAAAAUCAUAUCAUCUACUUAAUUAUUUACAAUACAUUGGACAUUACUAUUUCUUUGGAAAAUUAAAAAAAUUAUUGCAAAGAAAUGUGAAGAUUUGAUAAAACCACUGAUAAAUAAUUUAUUUAAACUUUUGACAUGAAAACUAAAUUAAAUGAAAUAACUAUAGUUUUGUGUUCUCUAUCUUUUUUGAUGAAAUUUAAUCUAUUUAAAUAAAAUAACUGAUAUAUAUCUCCUCAAAACAAAGGUUUAAAAGUAGAAAAAGCCGUGAUAUACCGAAUCUAUUAAGUGUGUGUACCAUAUUAAGCGAAUGUUUUUUUUUCUUAUAUUAAGCGAAUGUUAAUAUAUAUUUUAAUGAAAAGAUGUUUGAUAUAGUAAAAAAGGUCACUCGAUCUUAUAUUAAAAAAAAGUAAAGAAGGUGCAGAAAACGCGUGAAGAAGAUAGAGGUGUAGUUAAACAUAUACAUCGCUUUUGUGUUAAAUUAUAAAGGAAGUAAUGUCCAAAACCGCGUUGUUAUAAUGGUUGAUGUUUGGUUCCUGUCCCCAUUUGUUUGGUUAUUUUAACUUCUUUUAUGUGAUAAAUGUGCCGGUCUUCAUUGCAGAGUAGACUUUACACCACCACUUCUUAUAUUUUUUGUUCAAGUGGUCUUGAUGCCUCCCUCGAGUGAUGUAAAUAGUCAAGACAAACAAAGGUUUUAGUCGCUAUUCGCUACAUCAACAAUUUAUGUAAUAUUUCUAGAAUCAGCAAAACAACUAACAAGUGUUUGACAGCUUUUUAAUGAUGAAAACUUAACGGGUCUGAGAAUCCAAAGAAGACAUUGAGGAACCAAAAAACGCGCCAAGAAUGACGCCAAAGUUAGGUUAUGACCGUUGGAUCUCCUCAUGUCUCGAAGGUUGUCGCCAUUCCAUUGGUUCACUUCUUCUACGUGGACCUACUUGCUCAACAACCAUUUAUUACUAGGAAUUAAUAGUAACAUUUUAGUAAAAAGAGCUGCUAGAGUUUGCUAAGAAAGGAGUAAGUAGUCGUUGGAAAGUAAACCCAGGAAGAACUAGUCUAGUCAUGGGUAUUGUUAUAAAAAUACUAGCAUAUAGAAAUGUUUAGUAAACGAAGUUUUAUAAGAUUUCCAUCAAAAUUAGUUAAUAGUAUCAAACUAGAACUCUAGCAAGUAGCAACUUGCAUGGCCAAUACUAACCUUGCAAUUUUUCUGAAACUGUGAACAAGAAAAUAAGAAUUAUAGUUUUUUUUAGCAACAACAACAAAAACGAGUUUUUUUUUUUUAAGUAGUAGAGCUUGUCCAAACAAGAAAUUAAUAUCAACCAAUAGUAUGCAACCAAUUCAAAUAUUUCCAAUUAAUGUUUCUUAACAUUAACUACUAAAAGUACUUUAAAAUUUUAGAAAAUAUUUCAUUUUAGAACAAAAAGCAAAUCUACAAAAUUCUACUUUCAGGAACAAGAACAGAGGUGGGAGUAUAAAAUAAAGAUUAACUAAACUGGUUUAUAAUUAAAAGUUAUCGUAGAUUCUCACGGGGUGUCGUGUAACUGGCCGGGAUCCAAGGACACUUGACUUUGUGAGAAGUCUCAUGGACUACUACAUGGUUGUCAUCCAGCUCAACUAAAGCCAGCUCCACUCAUAAUUCAUACCUAUAGUUGUCAUCAUCUGCUGUAUUUUCUUAUUAUAUUUCACUUCAUUCAUGUGUUUAGGAAAAUAUGAAUCCUAAAGCUUUUUCCCCUUUUUAUUUGACAAACACUUACUAUUGUAUUUAACUUUUCCUCCUUUCCUUUUGUUCUUAGAUGCAAAUUGCAAUGAUUCUCGGUAGUGGAGUGGUCACUCCACUCUUGAUCCACUUUGGUUAUCAUCACACGUAACAUUCGACACCAGGUUAAUUUGUGUGUGUUUUCUGGUAUAUAUCAACUACAUUAUAUUUCUUCUUUUCGUCAUUCAGUGUUAGGCUUUGUUUCUAAGUUGAUCCAAAGUUCUAAACUCUACAACAAGUAUCCAAAACAAUAUUUCUACGUCAAAGACUCUCAGUAGCACAUGAAUUUGGCAUAUUCUGUGUAUUUACGCAAUCAACGGGUGGAUAAAAAAAUUGGGAUUCCUUAAUUACCUACAAACAAUAAGUAAUUAAUUAAUUACCUAUAUUAACAUCGGGGUUACAGGAUAAUGCACACACAUUUUGGAAAAAAUAAAAGCAUAUGCAUGCUCUUAUGCUAAGUUGACUUCACCCCCAUUAGUAUCGAUAUUCGACCAUAACCAUGUUAUAUAUGUUUAUGGUUUUCUUUUUGUUAUUGUUGCCAAUAUGGAAUAAUGUAUGUUUUCUUAUACUCAUAUAUCCAUCCAUUUAUGAAUAAUAAUAUUAACGAACUUGAUAAAACAAUUUUCAUGUUGAAAGUUUCAACUAGAAAAUUGUUAAAAUUAGUACUGCCUGAUCUCUAAAGUCAAAAACAUCUAAAAUUAGUUAAUUGUGGUAAAAAAGUGCCCACACGCAGGAUCGAACUACGGACCUUCAGUUUACAAGACUGACGCUCUACCACUGAGCUAUACGGGCUUUUGAUUUUACAUUUCUAUUUAACAUAGUUCGCCGAGACACAAGUACGAUGACGAAUCUUUCCGACCAAACUCUAUGCUCCGAAGUCCGAACCCACUUGAGUUAAGAUAUAAAAACUUUUUUUUUUUUUUUUUAAUUGGCGACUGAAAACGAGCUUGGAAAGGAAGUAAAAAUCUAAUCUUUUGAUCUCCUUCAUCCUCCUCCGUGAACACCAAGAAGAGAUCUUUAGAACUCAAAUCAAAUCGAGAAACCAAUGAACGGGACCCACCGUCACCAUCUCCUCCAGCUAGUCCUAUCCUGCCGCAAGAUCACGGCGCAGGUGACUCAACGAGGUACCUCCACCAUCAUAGCCAUGGCUUCAUCCUCCGAGCAGGAGUUCCUCGCCCAGAGCCGCGCUAAUCUCUACCGCUUCCCUCGCUCCAACAACUUCUGGGACUCCAAGACGGCCUCUCGCGUCGGCGAGAAGCUCGGUCUGCGUCUCAGAGAGCUCGGCGUCGACGCCGUCUCCAUCGACGCGGAGGAGGAGAUCUCAAGACCCGUUCACCACCGUAAAAGGGUUUUGCCGUUGUUUGACUCCGUCCGUCGCAGUGGAAUCAGAGUCGAUGGUACUGAUCAGUUAAACGAUGUCGUUCCUAGAGAUUAAAGUUUACAAAUUAUUACAGUUUCUUGUACGAACUAUUGUAAGAUUGUUUACUUCUUUUGAAAAAAUGAAGGAACAUCAAGAUGAUAUAAACAAAGGCAUGUUGAACCUUAAAUGAUAUUGCAUUACAUUAUACAAUAAGAAAAGUGUUUUUGUAUUUGAAUUCUUUUCAAACU